AUGAGCACUCCCGGAACCAACUCGUCUGCCUCUGCGAAGGCGUCGAGCCCUAUCGUGCACCGGGAUGGCAGAGCAGCUUCAGCGGGCAAUAGCAAACCACUUCCCACAAAUGAUCCGCCGCAGCAGCCGGCGGCGCUUGGGUCUGUCUCCCCACUGCCGCCGAAGCUGAGCACUGCAGCUGCUGCUGCCACAACCACUUCGGCACCCGCCUCGCCAUCUCCUGAAGUGGACAACCUGGAGUGUCAGUCGAAGGACUUCCUCAUCCGACGCGUGCAGGCGCUGGAGCGGCAGCUGAAGAUACGCAACAGCGACUGCGCGCGCCUGCUAGAGGAGCGCCAGCAGCUGCUUCCGCUCAAAGAGAAGUGCGAGUCGCAGAGAGAGAUGAUAUUGGCGCUGCGCGAUCAACUGAACUUGGCACAGGCGCAACGCGAGUCCGCCAUCGACGCACUGGAGGAGAUGAAGCGCCAGCAGCGCGACAAAGAGCACCGCGAGCGCGUGACCCACGCAGAGCGAGUCAUCCAUGGCGCUAGUGCCGCCCCGAAGGCUACAGCUGGCGGCACGAGUGGGCCCGAAACCUCUGUCUCGCCCGCCGGCAAGGCGGUGCCCAGCUCCAAGCCCGCUUCGGCGCUGAGAGCCAACAACCCCCCGCGGCGUGCUCCUGGCGGGACGGUGGUAAACACCUCGUCCGGGCCACAAAUAAUUUACGACAGCUCCGAUAUCUCCACCGUUGGCUUCACCAAGAACGCAAAGCUGCCGUACGACUUCCUGGGUGGGCCUGGAGCGCAGCUACAAUAUCUCGCUCCUUCCCGCGGAAGCGCGGGCAAGGAGGCUGGAGAGCAGCUGGAAGGCGGCUUUGACGCUUCGGAUGAUGCGCAGGUGCGCCGCACCAUGGCGGCGGCGGCGGAGGCGAUCGAGUUGGAUGCCAAGCACGCAGAGAUGGAGGAAAAGGAGCACAGAGCACUACUGGAGCGCCUAAAGGCGCUGCGUGAAGGACACAAGUAA